AUUCCUCUUUAAAUACAAGUGGCAAACUCGUUUAUGCCAUACCAACCAAGAUUGAGACACUCUUCUUCACUCUUUUCUUUUCCUCUUGCAUUUCAAUUCCCACAGCACAACACAAGCAUCAUCAAAACGGAGGAAAAUAAGAGAGCAAGUUGCAGCAGCAGCAACAGCAACAGGAGAAAAAUGCGGCUAUCUUACGUUUGUGAGGGACAAGAGAAGGAAUUAGGAAGACAACAAGCACCUGGUUUUUGUCCUUACUGUGGUGGCAAAGUUGAAGCCAUGGAUGUUGAGGUUCAAUCCAAGCUCUGUUUCUUACCUAUGUGUUUUCAGAUCAAGAGGAAAUACUUUUGUACUCUCUGUUCUCGACGCUUAGAAAUUUUGUAUAAUUAAACUAUGUUUAAUUAAUUUCUUGUCAUAAUUGGUCACAUGAUUAAUAAUUAGAGAUCAAAAAUAACUUUAGUCUUUUAAUUUUUGUUUAUGUUGAUGAUUAAUUAUCAUAUUGUUUGUUCUUCUUGGAACUAAUAAUAAGU